CGAAGGAAAGAUAGCAAAAGAAGUGUCGUAGUUAUGGAUAAUAUUGCUGAAUUUCUGAUAGGUUCAACUGCUGCUUGUGGAGCAUGUCUUUUCACAAAUCCAUUAGAAGUUGUAAAAACACGUAUGCAGCUGCAAGGAGAACUGCAAGCAAGAGGAACAUAUGCCAGACAUUAUCGUAAUGUUUUUCAUGCCUUUUAUACUAUAGCAAAAGUUGAUGGAAUCAUGGCAUUGCAGAAGGGACUGGUACCUGGUCUACUAUAUCAGGCUGUGAUGAAUGGUAUCAGGCUUGGUUCCUAUCAACAUAUGGUUAGUUCUUCUCUUGUUCGGGAUUCCGAGGGAAAUCUUAUUGCAUGGCGAUGUAUCCUUGCAGGGGGUAUAUCAGGAUGUUUGGGGGCAUUCAUUGGAAGUCCAUCUUACAUGUUCAAGACCCAGCUACAGUCAAAGGCUACGGAAAGAAUUGCAGUUGGAACCCAACAUCAAAUCACAAGUGUUACUAGUGCUUUCAGGGAUGUUUAUGGACACUUUGGGAUAGCAGGACUGUGGCGUGGUGCAAGUGGUUCUGUAUUACGUGCAAGUAUUGGUUCAGCAGCUCAACUUUCCACUUUCUCCAUCACUAAACAUGCAAUUGCUAAAAGGAAAUUAUUUGAGAAAGACAGUUUUAUGUUAGGAGUAACAGCCAGCUUUUGUAGCAGUUUUGUUGUUUGCAUUGCUAUGACUCCAUUUGAUGUUGUCAGUACAAGGUUAUACAACCAAGGGAUUGAUAAUAAAGGUCAUGGUUUACUGUAUAGUGGACCUUUAGAUUGCAUAAUUAAAAUAUUCAAACAGGAAGGGUUUUUGGGUUUCUAUAAGGGAAUUGGAGCACAAUAUUUUCGUCUUGGCCCACACACAAUACUAAGUCUUGUCUUUUGUUAUGAAUUAAGGAAACUUUAUUACAGGUUUCGCAAGGCAAGGAGUGAGUAGUUUUUUCAAUUAAUAUAAUCAUGUAAUACCAAAUAUAGAAUUAAUUAAAAAUGCAGAAUGUAAUUUCUUCUUAAAAUACAUUUGUUAUGUAACAGAA